CUUGAGAAACCCGCAGGAAAGAAAUGAAACAUCUCUCUCUCUCUCUCUCUCUCUCUCUCUCUCUGUAAUUUGUCCCAUAAAAAAAAAAGGGAUUUUUAAUGAUAUAUAAAUUGAUGUCUCCCUCGUAGCCUCGGUGCUUGAAUAGAGAGAAAAAGGAGAUGCUCGAUUUCUGAAACUCGGUUUUGCAUCCCUCCCCUCGCACUGAGAGCACAGCCGAAGAAUUUGAAGCCGAAGGGGAUCGGAAAAAAAAGCGGAUUUUCGUCACCUGCGAUCUGGGGCGUGGAAGGAAUUGUGGGGUUGCUUUGUUUUGCGUCCGUAGUUAGAUUCAGGGUUUCUGAUAAUAGAAUGGCUGAUGGUAUUUCGAGCUUUUGGGGUCCGGUCACAUCCACGAUUGAAUGUUGCGAGAAGAACUACGCCUAUUCUUCUUAUGUGGCAGAAUUCUACAACACCAUAUCAAACAUCCCUUGCAUCCUUUUGGCUUUUAUCGGUCUCAUAAAUGCCCUGAGACAACGCUUUGAGAAGAGAUUCAGCAUUCUUCACAUAUCUAACAUGACACUCGCCAUCGGGAGCAUGCUAUAUCAUGCCACAUUGCAACGCGUGCAACAGCAGGGUGAUGAGACCCCGAUGGUGUGGGAGGUGCUUCUGUAUAUAUACAUACUUUAUUCCCCAGACUGGCACUAUCGGAGCACGAUGCCCACGUUCCUCUUCCUCUACGGCGCCAUAUUUGCAGUCUCACACUCUAUCUUCCGCUUCGGGCUUGGCUUCAAGCUACACUAUGCAGCCCUCUGCCUCCUCUGUGUGCCUCGGAUGUACAAGUACUACAUUUACACAGCUGAUCCCGCAGCCAAACGGAUUGCCAAGCUCUAUUUGCUGACCCUUAUCCUUGGGAGUUUGUGUGGGCUCCUCGACCGAGUCUUCUGCAAGUAUGUGUCAAGUUGGCCCGUGAACCCUCAGGGACACGCCCUGUGGCACGUCUUCAUGGGCUUCAACUCCUACUACGCAAACACAUUCUUGAUGUUCUGUCGGGCCCAGCAACGGGGAUGGAACCCGAAGGUAAUUCACAUGCUGGGCGUAUUGCCCUAUGUGAAGAUUGAGAAACCGAAAGCCCAAUGAAACACGUUAGGAGCUAUCGGAAUUCCUUUUUGUUCAGAAUUUUGGUUGUGGUUAUUAGGGGUCGCUUGAGAUUUUUUUGCGGGGCACAACUAGAUGCUCGGGACUAUUUUAUUGGUUUUGUUUUUGCCCUAUCUUGAUAAGUUAUUCAUUAGACCGACUAGUCUUGUCUACUAGAAGUUGUAAUAGUACAAAAAUGUGACAUAGUCGAUAUAUUUAUGUUCAUUUUUUCGGUGAUAUGAAAGGUCUUGUGCUUUACUAGCAAA